UAUUAGAUAAAUGGUUUUUGGAUGCCGCAUGUUUUCAAUAAAUCAAUUUCUAAUAAAUAAAUGAUAAAUUCAUAAUAGUAAACAAAUUUUAUCAAAUUAUUUUUGAAGUUAAUUUUUAAAAAGAAACAGAUACAAAAUGUCUCGGUUCUUGGAAAAUCGGGCCAAGUCAUACACGAUGAAGCAAUUCGUCCACCAAUUUUAUUCGUCAAAUUAAUUCUUCGUCAGAUGAGCGAUGAACAUUUCUCCAUUGACGAAACCGAAGCUUGUAAUAAACCAUCUAUUUUUUUGUAACACGUGUCUGCACGCGUCAGCUCAUUUACUUAUUAGAAAACAUUAUGCCAUUGAGAAGGAUGCACCGGCAGUUCCACCCAUCUCAAAACAUGUCGUUCGCAACUAAAUCUAUCCGCCGACGCAAUUACACCGACGCAUAAUGACGCAAUACGUAAUAGCGUUGAAGCGAUAUUAAGUUAAAAUUCAUUAGUCGACUUAGGAUUUGCAUUGUUUAAAAAAGCGCAUAAUCAACACUACCGAAAGCAGAGCACGACGGCUCCGUGACCACGUGAAGCGGCUGGGCCUCCUGUGACGGGGGGUUCGAGGACCGCGCGCGCACCCCCUUACAGCGUUCUUAGACGAUGAUAGACCCAAGUUCAUCCGAGGAGGAGAGCGAGGAGGAUCAGAACACUCACCAUGGCGGUGGCGGUGGCGGUGGUCGUGCCGGCAGCGGUAGCUCUCACGGCUCCCGUCGUCAUCCUAGCAGCAUCGGCAGCGGUCCAGGUUCCGGUAGCGUCGGCUCGCUCGCUUCGGGCCUCACAGCCUCCCCCGGCGGCCCGAACCAUGUGGGUCCACCGAGCACUGCGGGAGCCCAUGGAUCCGGAAAUCGAGCCACCGUGGGACCGCAAGACACCGCCGGGGCUGGCUUGGACGUGCCUAAUCUCGCCAGCGCCAGAAACUCCCUGUCGCCGUCGAUGAGCGCGGCUCAAGAUGCAGCUAAUUAUGCCCAGAGGCCCACUAGUCCAUCUCCCUCUGUCGCUAGCGAGAAAACGGAAGCGGAGCUGCAAGAUAAGCAAGAAAGGGAAGAAGAGGAAAGGAAAACUCGGAUACAGCUUUAUGUCUUCAUAUCUAGAUGCAUCGCUUAUCCGUUCAAUGCCAAGCAACCGAUGGACAUGACGCGAAGGCAGAUGAAAGUGACGAAGCAGCAAUUGGAGACCAUAUGUUCUCGUUUUCAGAGUUUUUUGAAGGGUGAGACGCAGAUCAUGGCUGACGAGGCAUUCCACAAUGCUAUACAGAAUUACCACGACGUGUUUCUCAAGUCGGAUCGAGUGGUGCGAAUGGUGCAAAGCGGCGCAUGCUCCCAGCUCGACUUCCGCGAGGUGUUUAAGAAGAACAUUGAGAAGCGUGUUCGGAGCCUCCCGGAAAUCGACGGACUGAGCAAAGAGACUGUGCUUACGUCCUGGUUGGCCAAAUUCGAUUGCAUUUUGAAAGGUACUGGUGACGAGGAUAGCAAACGGCCUUCCAGGAUGCAACAGCAGUCUUUGAACUCGGAGCUGAUACUGUCAAAGGAGCAGCUGUACGACAUGUUUCAGCAGAUUCUCGGCAUCAAGAAGUUCGAGCACCAGCUUCUGUUCAACGCCCUCCUGUUGGACUCAGCCGACGAACAGGCUGCCGCCAUCAGGAGGGAGCUGGACGGUCGCGUACAGAAGGUCAACGAGAUGGAGAAGAACCGCAAGCUCAUGCCCAGGUUCCUUCUGAAAGAGAUGGAGUCGCUCUACAUCGAGGAGCUCAAGUCGUCUAUCAACCUGCUAAUGGCUAAUUUGGAGUCGUUACCGGUCUCCAAGGGUUCGAUAGACAGCAAAUACGGGCUGCAGAAGCUGAAGCGCUACAACCAUCGUGGUGAGCGCUCCCGCUGCCGCGGUCAGGGCUCCCUCGCUAAACUGGAGGGCGACUCCGCCGAUUCCGAUCCCCAAUUGACGAAAAUGGACGUCGGCCUGACCUUCCAGCUGGAAGUAAUCGUAAUGGAGGUCAAGGGCCUCAAAAGCCUAGCACCCAAUAGAAUAGUUUAUUGCACCAUGGAGGUGGAGGGCGGCGAGAAGCUGCAGACCGAUCAGGCCGAGGCCUCCAAGCCUAUGUGGGACACUCAGGGUGACUUCACCACGAUGCAUCCGCUGCCAGUAGUCAAGGUCAGACUGUACACCGAGAAUCCAGCGAUGCUGGCGCUCGAGGACAAGGAGCUGGGCAAGGUGAUUCUGCGACCUACUCCGUUAUCUUGCAAGAUGCCGGAGUGGCAUCGUAUGACCGUGCCCAAGAACUGCGCCGAUCAGGAUCUAAGGAUAAAGAUCGCCUGUCGCAUGGACAAGCCGCUCAACAUGAAGCACUGCGGCUAUCUGUACGCGAUGGGCAAGUCCGUAUGGAAAAAAUGGAAGAAGCGGUACUUUGUGUUGGUCCAGGUCUCGCAGUACACAUUUGCGAUGUGCUCGUACAAAGAAAAAAAAAGCGAGCCGUCGGAAAUGAUGCAGCUCGAUGGCUAUACAGUGGACUAUAUCGAGGCCGUUUCUGCUAAUCUCAUGGUCGGCAUGGAUUUAGAGGGCGGAAGGUACUUUUUCAACGCUGUGCGCGAAGGCGACAAUAUAGUAUACGCUUCGGACGACGAGAACGAAUGUCACCUGUGGGUGAUGGCGAUGUACCGGGCGACCGGUCAAUCGCACAAGCCCACCCCGCCGGUCUCUGUAGCCGACAAGAACUCCACUAUCAGCAAGAUCCAGGGCGACGCCGAUCGUGCAAAGAAGCACGGCAUGGAAGACUAUAUCAGUGCCGAUCCUUGCAAGUUUGAACACCACGCCCUAUUCAAGUAUCUGCAAAACUUGAUCUUGGAUUACAGAUUGAACGAUCCAUACUGCUCGCUCGGCUGGUUCUCUCCCGGUCAAGUUUUUGUCCUGGAUGAGUAUUGCGCCAGAUACGGCGUGCGCGGAUGCUUUCGGCAUCUCUGCUAUCUUAACGAUCUGUUGGACAGAAUCGAUCGUGGGCUUAUGAUAGAUCCAACAUUGAUACACUUUAGCUUUGCCUUUUGCGCCACUCAUGUCUACGGUAAUACAACAUCGGCUGAUGGCGUGGGUUCGAUUACUCAUGAAGAGAAAGAUAAGUUUCAGGAUAUCAAAGAACGACUCAGACAGAUUCUUGAAAAGCAGAUCACCAAUUUUAGGUACGGUUUUCCAUUCGGGCGUCCAGAAGGCGCGCUGAAGGCGACUUUAUCUCUGUUGGAACGUGUUCUCAUGAAAGAUAGCGUAACACCUGUGCCGCAAGAAGAAGUAAAAGCACUGAUAAAAAAUUGCCUGGAAACAGCAGCGCUGGUAAAUUACACAAAACUGUCUGCAGAGGCGAAGAUCGAAGAUGAUUUGAGCGGCGAGGUGUGCGUGCCUCCCAGCAAGAAGCUGGAGGAUCUCAUACACCUCGCCGAGCUGUGCGUGGACCUGCUGCAGCAAAAUGAAGAACAUUAUUCGGAGGUAGCGUUCGCCUGGUUUAGCGAUCUUAUGGUGGAGCACGCCGAGAUCUUCUGGUCGCUAUUCGCCGUCGACAUGGAUAAAGUCCUUGCGGAACAACCACCCGACACAUGGGACAGUUUUCCGCUGUUCCAGAUAUUGAACGAUUAUCUCAGGACUGACGACAAUUUGAAGAACGGAAGAUUCCAUCAGCAUUUACGCGAUACGUUCGCGCCAUUAGUAGUGCGUUACGUUGAUCUAAUGGAGACGUCGAUCGCUCAAUCGAUUCAUAAAGGUUUCGAGAAGGAGCGAUGGGAGAUAAAAGGGAACGGUUGCGCCACUUCGGAGGAUCUUUUCUGGAAACUGGAUGCGUUGCAAUCGUUCAUCGGUGGGCUGCACUGGCCCGAUCAGGAGUUCAGGCAACAUCUCGAACAGAGGCUGAAGCUGAUGGCUUGCGACAUGGUGGAGUCGUGCAUACAAAGGACCGACGCGGCCUUCCAGCAGUGGCUGAAGAAAGGCGUGACCUUCAUCUCGACCGACUACAUCAUACCGUCGGAAAUGUGCGCUAUGGUGAACGUUAUUUUGGACGCCAAGAAUCAGAGUUUUAAGCUUUGUACUGUCGAUGGUGUCGAUGUGCAUCAAUAUCAUUCCAAGAUCGAUGACAUGAUUGAAAAGACCUCGGCGGGAAUGAAUCAAGGAAUGAUUAAUAAAUUAAUAACGGUACUGGAAGCGACACUCUCGAAGCUGUCUCGUUACGAUGAGGGUUCGCUCAUCGGCUCUAUUCUCAGUCUUACGAAGGUAUCAGGAAGCGGGAAAGAAAUGGGACAAGCCUAUGUAAACUUUACAAGAAAUUGUAUGGAUCAGAUUCGCAGCAAAGUCCUUGACGAGUUGUGGAUUUUGACUUUCUUCGAGCAAUGGUAUACGGCGCAGAUACAAAUGUUAUGUAAUUGGUUGUCUGAGAGGCUCGAUCAUAGCCUGCAUCUGUAUCAGUGUACUUGCCUAGCUCACAUCGUGAAAAAGAUCUAUUCGGACUUUGAGCUUCAGGGUGUGAUGGAGGAGAAACUCAAUACGAAGACAUAUCAGACUAUAGACAAAAGGAUGAAGACGGAAGAAGCAACUUGUGCCUUAACCAUGAGCGCUCAGAAUGAAGAAGGGCUUUCGGAGAAUGGCAAUGACGACGAGGUUGAGAGACCUAAGACAAAAGUGACGAUCGUUGAGACGAUAACGGAAGACGCGAAUUAUGUAGCUAAUCUGAGCAAUGUCACUUCGAAUGUUGUUGGCAAAGUCGGUAGUAUGUUUGGCAAGGGCAUUGGCGGUCUUUCUACAAAAUUCGGCUCAGCCAGCAAUUGGUUCUAGUUAUUGUUUCUAGCACUCUGCCAGUAAAAAAAAAAUCUUACAUUCGACUAGUAUGUUCCUUCGUCUAAAUAAGAGGAUGCGAACGAGGCAAGAUUUCUAAAGGAGUAGCCAGUACCUUAUAGGCAGUACGAUGAUCUAGAGUUUUGUCCAUAUAAACAAAUGAUAUGAUUAAAACGAUGCAAUCGAUCGGAUCAGUUGGCUUUUAUCGUCUCGCGAAAUCGUUUCAAUUUUAUUGCGGAUUUGUGAGACUUUCGAUCGUUCGUCCGGAAUUAAUACUAAAAAAAUUACUUAUUGAUUGAUCACGAUUGGAAAACUAAUUGCUGAUAUAUUUUCGUUUACUUAGGUAUAGUUUUUGCAUAUUAGAUGUCGUAACGAGUGUGCUAACAAUUACGCGAACUCAUUGUAAACUUGUUUUAAUUUUAAUUGAUCGAUUAUGUUUGAUCUCAGGUAAUAGCGAAAACAUAGUCGAAAUAUAUUUGGAAAGGCUGAUUAUGUGCGAGAACACGCAGGAUAUAGACGAGAGUAAACGCGUAGAUAUAUUUAAUCAUAUUACAAAGGUAUAUGUAUAUAAACGUAUACAUGCACACAUAUGCAACGUGUAAUUAUGAGAUACAUUUUGUCGUGGUCUGCAUGUGUCAGACUAACGUCGUUAAUAUAUAUACAUUAGCUGAAUUAUCAGAACACAGAAUAUAUAAAAUUUUUCCUACUGUGUACCGCGAGUUGGUUUUGCGGAUUUAGUUGUCGAAGGAUAAAAGCAAGGGCACGUAUUUUGCGUAAAACUGGGAAAGAUUCUCGGGUCGAUUGCAACGUUACUUGGAUGUGGAAUAUGGGGAAACGCGACAGAAAUAUGGAAAAUCUCGAAACGGAAGAGAAAAAAAAGGAAAAGAAAGAAAUACGCGACUUGUCGAAACCGCUUAUCGAGUUAAUUUCGCGACCAAUAAUGCUUUCUCAACUGUUAGAUACGAUCGCUGUUAUCUGUUGGACGACCAUUCGCCCGAUACUCGAGCAGAAUGUUCCUUUGUGAUAAGAAAUAAGAUACACAAGAUGAGAUCAAGAUUUUGUCAAAAAAUAUUUCAUCUCUUUCGCAACGAAUCUAGAGUCGAUUUUUCUAGAGUGCAAGAACUCUCAGCAUUAAAAAUUUCAUCGCAAUUGAGCUAAAAAUCUCUAGGAAAUUAAAAUUAAUAUUUAAAAUUAAUCCUCUAAAAUUUAAUUGAUAAAAUAUCUUGCAAAUUUUCGCUAAGGAUCGAUUCUAUAUUCAUCUGUGUCUCAAAUAUUUUUUGAAGCCUUCGGCACUCUGUAUAAGAAAAUUGAUACUGAUUGUUAUUCACAUAUAUCGUGGCAUAUUCAGAUUGAAAUGAUAAAUGUUGAUUUAUAAUUCGUAUAGAGAACUCGAUUGAUAAGUUUCCCAAACGGCAAUAAAUAAUAGACAUCUCAGCGUAGAAUUUAAAGGAUUAAUCGGGUCGUAACUUGUGAUAUAUUGUUGGCGUAAUCUUUCGUAGUUUUUUCCAAUGGUACUAUAAUUAUUAAACACAUACGCAAAGAAG